UCCGUGCACUUUGACACAUGACGCUGCGGCUAACAUGUCUGCUUGUAAACUGUGUUCAAAAAGCGCUAGCCAAAAUGUCUUAAUGUUGGAAUAAUAGGAACAUUCACGUUUCGUUUUUCUUUUUCCAACGGAGAGAAAGUUAUAUUCUCGUUAUUAAUGCGUGACAACUGAAGAAAUAUGACGUCCAUUAUCAAGCUGACAGCCGUGUCAGGGGUCCACGAGGAGUCUGCUCUCUGUUACCUUCUACAGGUGGAUGAAUUCCGUUUCCUCCUGGACUGUGGCUGGGAUGAGAACUUCUCAAUGGACAUCAUCGAUGCUAUGAAACGAUAUGUUCAUCAGGUCGAUGCUGUGCUCCUCUCUCACCCUGAUCCCAUACACCUGGGAGCCCUGCCGUAUGCUGUGGGCAAACUCGGUCUAAACUGUACUAUCUAUGCUACAAUCCCUGUCUACAAGAUGGGUCAGAUGUUCAUGUAUGACCUGUACCAGUCUCGAAACAACAGUGAAGAUUUCACACUCUUCACCCUUGAUGAUGUGGACAGUGCUUUUGAUAAAAUCCAGCAGCUGAAGUACUCUCAGAUUGUCAAUCUGAAAGGGAAGGGGCAUGGUCUUUCCAUAACGCCUCUUCCGGCUGGUCACAUGAUCGGAGGCACAAUUUGGAAGAUUGUGAAGGACGGGGAGGAGGAGAUCGUGUAUGCCGUAGACUUCAACCACAAGAGAGAAAUCCACCUCAACGGCUGCACAUUAGAGAGCAUCAGUCGUCCUUCUUUACUUAUCACAGACUCUUUCAACGCAACGUAUGUGCAGCCACGUCGCAAACAAAGAGAUGAGAUGCUGCUGACCAACGUAAUGGAGACCCUGCGUGGUGAUGGUAAUGUCCUUAUUGCCGUGGAUACAGCUGGGCGUGUGCUCGAGCUGGCUCAGCUGCUGGACCAGAUUUGGAGGACGAAGGAUGCUGGGCUUGGAGUUUACCCACUAGCUCUGCUCAACAAUGUCAGCUACAAUGUGGUGGAGUUCUCAAAGUCACAGGUGGAGUGGAUGAGUGAUAAGCUCAUGAGGUGUUUUGAAGACAAGAGAAACAACCCUUUCCAAUUCCGUCACCUGACGCUCUGCCACAGUCUGGCAGAUCUGGCCCGGGUGCCCAGCCCCAAAGUGGUGCUCUGCAGCCAGCCGGACCUGGAGUCUGGCUUCUCCAGAGAACUCUUCAUCCAGUGGUGCCAAGACGGUAAAAACUCUGUCAUCCUUACCUACCGCACUACUCCUGGAACCCUCGCCCGCUACCUCAUCGACAACCCUGGAGAGAAGAUGCUGGACCUUGAGGUGAGGAAAAGAGUGAAGCUUGAAGGCAAGGAGCUGGAAGAAUUCCUUGAGAAGGAUAAAAUAAAGAAAGAAGCAGCUAAAAAGCUGGAACAAGCAAAAGAGGUGGAUGUAGACUCCAGCGACGAGAGCGACAUGGACGAUGAUCUGGAUCAGCCGGCCGCGGUGAAAACCAAACACCACGACCUGAUGAUGAAGGCAGAGGGGAGCCGCAAAGGCAGUUUCUUCAAACAAGCCAAAAAGUCUUAUCCUAUGUUCCCCACUCAUGAGGAGAGAAUCAAGUGGGACGAGUACGGGGAAAUUAUCAGGCUAGAAGAGUUCCUGGUCCCUGAACUGCAGGCCACAGAGGAGGAGAAAAACAAACUGGAAUCUGGGUUGACGAAUGGUGAUGAGCCCAUGGAUCAGGAUCUGUCUGUUGUUCCCACUAAAUGCAUCUCUAGCAUGGAAAAUCUGGAAAUCAGAGCAAGGAUAUCUUACAUCGACUAUGAAGGUCGCUCUGAUGGUGACUCCAUCAAGAAGAUUAUAAAUCAGAUGAAGCCCAGACAGCUGGUGAUCGUUCACGGGCCGCCAGAAGCCAGCCUGGAUCUGGCUGAGUCCUGCAAAGCCUUCAGCAAGGACAUUAAAGUGUACACCCCAAAACUGCAGGAGACUGUGGACGCCACCAGUGAAACACACAUCUACCAGGUACGAUUGAAAGACUCCCUGGUGAGCUCGCUGCAGUUCUGCAAGGCCAAAGACACAGAGCUUGCCUGGAUCGACGGCGUGCUGGACAUGCGGGUGGUGAAGGUGGACAUGGGCGUGAUGCUGGAGGAGGGAGCUAAAGAGGAAGCAGAGGAAGGCGAUAUGCCCAUGGAGGUGGCGCCAGAUCUGGGCAUCGACAACAGCGCUGCAGCGGUGGCGGCACAGCGGGCGAUGAAGAACCUUUUCGGGGAGGAUGAGAAGGAGGUUUCGGAGGAGAGUGACGUUAUUCCAACGCUGGAGCCUCUGCCAUCACAUGAGAUUUCAGGCCAUCAGUCGGUGUUCAUCAACGAGCCACGCUUGUCUGACUUCAAGCAGGUCCUGCUGAGAGAAGGCAUCCAGGCCGAGUUUGUAGGAGGAGUGCUUGUGUGCAACAACAUGGUGGCCGUCCGCAGGACGGAGGCCGGACGCAUUGGCCUGGAAGGCUGCCUGUGUGACGACUACUAUAAGAUCCGGGAGCUGCUGUAUCAGCAGUAUGCCGUGGUAUAGCAGCAGCAGCAGCAGGAGGAGGAGCAGGACACGCCGCAGAGAGCAAACCCAGGCAAUACAGAGACAAUCCUCGCAGAGGACUUUACCCAGAGGAGAGGAGUAAAACACACUCAUGGGCGGCUCAAGCUGUUUUGCUACAAACUGUUGUACAUUUCCCCUUUAAUAAUUUUGUCCCAGGUCGUUUUUUUAAAUUGUUAGUUUACCGCCAUGAUGUGACAGAUAUAUGACUGACCUCUCUGUUCAAACAAUCCUGAGGUUCUUUCUUUCGUUCCUACAACACCUCCCACUGUACAGCAACAUCCUAAAUGGGGCAUUUCCCUUGUGACUCUGACAUUAAACCAGCCUUUUUCAAAUGUGAA